AUGGCUCGAGGACGUGGAGGCAGUAAUCAUGGCCAACGCAGGCCAGUCGACUUAACUGGCAUUCUGUCAAUAGCCGAGAAGAAUGACUUGAUAACUCUAGUCAAUGCCAUUACGGAGAGAAUGGCUAGAGAUAUUAGCAAUAUCUUUGACUCCCCUCCAGUUGCUCCACUCCAAAGCGACCAUGAUCACCACCACCACCACUGGCUUCUGCUUUCUCUACAUCAUCAGAAACAGCACAAACCGACAUCCCAUUCACUUAUGGGUAUAAAACGAAUUGGUUCCUCAAAGCCAUUUGACAAGACGCAUGAUAUCAUCGAGAAAGAGGAGAAGGAAGCCAUGACGCCGCAGCUGCGCGAGCUAAAGAAGGAGGCUUUGAUCUUCUUCCGCAAAUGGCAGACGAUAGUGUUGCAGCGGGUUCGAGAUAUUGCCGUCAGUGAUCAACCAGCUCCUCACCUAAGCAUUCGUGGUCGUGGACGUGGAAUGAGAGGAAUGCCUCGAGGGCGAGUUGGAGGUGGUCGUGGCGGCGGCUUGAUGCGCAGCCCCCUGACUCUGGCAACAGGACCACCGCGAGCACCGUCCAAUUAUCCGGACCGCAGCCUAGCUACUCAGUUUCCCCCGAUUCCUAACGCUCUAUGGACUCUAGAUAUGGAGAAACAGUACACAGCAAAUGCAAGACACCUCAUACAGAGCCUCGCAACUUCUUUGAACCUCCCACCUUGGGUAUACCGAGAAGAAGAACUACGCCUUGCUCGCGGGCUGGCUAGGACAGCUCUCAACCUCUCUGAAGAAGAUGCGAUUGCACUGAAGAGUGAGGAGACGAAGACUUCACGGCGCUGGAAGCUUGGAUUGGGAAACAACUCGGGAAAACUUGCUGCCCCUCUUGCCGCAGUUGGUAUCGGUGCGGCCCACGGUGGUCUUGGACUCACUCAAUUUACAGCGGCAGGUCUAUUGGGCAUAAUGGCCGACAAUGCACUCGCGAUAGGCAGCCUUUUCGGCAUUAACACUCUAAAGCCGUUGGGCAAGAUGAUGGAAACUUUCGCACGGGAAGUUACCGACUUUGCAUUCAUUCCCAUUCAUAGCACGGAUGCGUCUGAAUACCGCGACCCCCGAGUCAUCCCAGCGGAACAUCGAAGACUUUGCCUUACUAUCGCUAUAGGCGGAUAUGUCAUUGGGGAUGAAGAUAUCACAAAAACUUGGCAAUGUCUGGGUCGCUAUACCGAAACUUUUGUCACGCGGUGGGAAACUGCAGCCCUCACAAGUCUUGGCAGCUCCCUUGACACUGUUAUAAAGAGCAGUUCUUGGAGCAGUGCCCAGGCAGAGAUUAAAGCUCGCACAAUUUUCUCAAGCCUUGUGGAAGCCACCUGGCCCAUUUCACUUCUCAAAGUCAGCAAGAUUUUGGACAAUCCUUGGAAUGUUGCGAUAGUCAGAGCGGAGAAGGCAGGGGCUGUAUUUGCUGAUGCCAUUUUGCGACAAAAAUUUCAUGGAGAGAGGCCAGUCUCAUUGAUUGGUUACGGCCUUGGAGCCCGUGCCAUAUAUACAUGCCUUAUGGUAUUAGCGGAGCGCCGACAGUUUGGAGUCAUUGACUCAGUUGUUAUGAUGGGCUGCCCAGCACCGUCAGAGAGUCGCGUGUGGCUGACGCUCAAGAGUGUUGUAUGUGGACGCUUGGUCAACGUCUAUUCAGAACACGACUACAUGCUCGGAUUUCUUUAUCGAACUGCCAACAUCCAGUUCGGUGUCGCUGGCUUGCAGGAAAUCCAGGGGGCAGAUGGAGUCGAAAAUUACAGAAUGAAGAGCCUUCCUCGCGGUCAUCUGACCUAUCAAAGCCAGGUGAGUCAGAUUUUGAAGAAUAUUGGCUGGGAGGAUACCAUCACAGAUGCUGCCAAGGUGGGAAAGUAA